AUGAGCCAGGGGGACUCAAACCCAGCAGCUAUUCCACAUGCAGCCGAAGAUAUUCAAGGAGAUGAUCGAUGGAUGUCUCAGCACAACAGAUUUGUCCUGGACUGCAAAGACAAAGAGCCUGAUGUCCUGUUUGUGGGAGACUCCAUGGUGCAAUUGCUACAGCAAUAUGAGAUAUGGCGAGAGCUUUUUUCCCCUCUUCAUGCAUUGAAUUUUGGGAUUGGUGGUGACACAACAAGGCAUGUCUUAUGGAGACUGAAGAAUGGAGAACUGGAGAAUAUUAAACCUAAGGUUAUCGUUGUCUGGGUAGGAACAAACAACCAUGAAAAUACAGCAGAGGAGGUAGCAGGUGGGAUUGAGGCCAUUGUACAGUUGAUUAACACAAGGCAGCCACAGGCCAAAGUCAUUGUACUGGUAUGCAGUCCUUUGGGUCUUCUCCCUCGAGGUGAAAAGCCCAACCCUUUGAGGCAAAAGAAUGCCAAGGUAAAUCAGCUCCUCAAAGUCUCUCUGCCCAAGCUUGCCAACGUUCAGCUCUUGGAUACAGAUGGGGGCUUUGUGCACUCAGAUGGUGCCAUCUCCUGCCACGACAUGUUUGAUUUCCUACAUCUCACAGGAGGGGGCUAUGCAAAGAUCUGCAAACCUCUCCAUGAACUGAUCAUGCAGCUGUUGGAGGAAACGCCUGAGGAGAAGCAAACCACACUUGCCUGACUGGCUCCCAUCAGUGUUAAUAGCAUCAUAGCCUCAUCUGAUCAGUUAUAUCACUGGCACUACAGAAUCCUUCUCUUUCUUAAAGCACUUUCCAUUUUAGAAUGUUCCUGGAUGUCCAUAUCUAGUGUUUGAAGGGGAGGGGGGGAUUUAAACUGGUCUUGUACAUAAAAAGGUUUGGUUUAACUACAAAAAAAAAAUAGCAAAGGAAGGUUAUUGUUUUUAAGAUAUUCUUCAGUUGAAACCAGAACAGGACUUUUUUAGUUGUUUGUGUGACGCUCACUGCAUUAUUAUUGUUUGUUCUUCCCUAGGACCAUAUCAGCCUAAGUAAUGAACAAUACCCAAUUCCCUUCUUAUUAUUCGUUUUCUAUGGAUUAUGUAAUAUGUAAUAAUUUAGCUUGUUAACAGAAUCACAUUCCACUUUGCUUAAAAACAGAUGUUUUUUUCCCAGUUUAAAGGUUUGUAUUUUAGUUUUUUAUGUGACUCAUGUUCUGGAUUUUUUUUUAACCUGUAGUGCCAAAUUGAACAUAAUUGGCAUUCAGAAAUAGGAGAUGCUACAGGUAGUAGGGAAUGUGUUCUGCUCUCUUAAUCUCCCUCUUGUGCUUCUUUUAUAAGAUCCUAGCUGUAACCGUCAGAUUUUUGCCCUAGUCUUUGGGAAACUUUGGAAGAUUUUAUUUUUUAUGCUGCUGAAUAUCAUGUCUCUUAAUGGACCCACUCUUGCAUUUUCUCUCUCCCCUCCUCAUUUUUUGGUCCAUGUUGACAUAUGUCAUUACAAUAUUUUAACAGUUCUUUUCAUUUAAGAGAGCUCUCUUUGCUCACAAGUGUGAAUCUCCAGACAGCUGUUCCCAUGAUAACAUUACUGGCAUCUCAUUCUUUUGUGGUGUUCUGUGCCAUUGAGAUUCUGUGCAGUGCUAUCCAUGUUCCAAGUUCUGAUUUUUAAACAUUUUUUUAGAAGGAUCUGUCAUUCCCUUAAAAAAUCUGUUAUUUUUUCCCUUUUGGGGAAAAAUGAGUAGUUUCCCUUUCUACAAAACCUAAAAAUAUUUAAAGCCUUAUCAGGUCUUAAGUUGUAUAUUUUUGUUUAUUGGUAUUAUUUUUACAGAUGGUUUAUUCCAAUAGAAAUUGACCUUUACAAAACAA